CACCAGGCAAUUGAGCUGGCACGGUAGCAGCGGCAGUCCAGUGGGAGGUACCAGCACCCUUUAGUGGCGAAGAUGAGCUUUGACGGAAAGAAGAUAUGCACCUUCUACCUCCAGAACCAGUGCACGAAAGGAGCUUCCUGCCGCUUUGAACACACAAUCACAUCGUCCAAACCAAGGCGACCAGCAGCAUGCAAAUUCUUCCGCGAAAACAAAUGCACGCUCGGGACCAACUGUCGGUUCGACCACUCGUUGCACUCCCGCGGCAACUCGUACUCGGACGAGGCUGCAUCGUUUCCACACUCGAAUCCGUCGCUUCUGUCGUCGUCGCUGCAGGCCACCGCGGUGGCGCCUGUGGUCCCCGUGGCUAAAUUGACUUCGACUGACCAACGAACAGCCACACAUUCCGAAGCGUCGCACCCGUCCCAGCCCAAGUCCGACCCAGGGCGCAUUGUCAAAGGAGAGAUCAACGGGUUGACCUUCCAAGUCGAGAUUGUCGACCCCGCGUCCAUCUUUGGCCUGACGUCUCGUCGCCGCGACAUUGACGAAGAAACCGACUUCUCAUACGUCGAGCCCGAGCCCAUGGUGGCGGCCAUGGCUGGUUCAAACUCCCCCCAUUCUUCCGAUGAUGGUACUGGCUGCGCAGCCGUUUUGGGGUACCAAUCUCAACUGGACGAGCUGGAAGCCCACGUCAAGGCGCUCCAAUCCACCGCCACCACCCUGUCGACAUCACAGCCACCUCCUCCCCACUACGAGCAAUUCGGCAACUCAUCCGAAUACUCUGAGUACUCGGACGUGCAACCAGCCCACCCGCCCAAAGCCUGCCGUUUCUACCAACAAGGGCUGUGUCGAUAUGGCUCGGCGUGUAUCUAUUCGCACAGCCAACCACUGGACGCAGUCGAAGCACGACUCAUGCAAGCUGAAUUGCUCGAAUCCCAAGCGAUUGAAUGCAAUCUGUGCAUGGAUCUCGUGCUGCGCCAAGGCGAACGGUUCGGCAUCCUCUCGGGCUGUGUCCACGCGUUUUGCCUCAAAUGUGUACGGAACAAGGACAACAAAACACCAGUACGACUUGUCCUAUCGUCAUGAUAACGUCAUGUGACGUUUGCACAAAUGAUCACGUCAUGUCUGGAUGAUAUAUAUAUCAGAUUCGAGCGUGUCCCGUCUGUCAAGCCGAGAUUGCAUUUGUCGUGCCGUGCAAUCGCCACGUACAGGACGAAUCUAGGCGUGCUCGGCUGUUUGUCGACUACAAGGUAUACUCCAUUUACACGAAAAACACUUUAACAUUUUUUGGCAUAGGCAAACGUCGCUCAAAUUCCGUGUCGCUUGUUUGCCGAAGGCCGGUACGAUCAUCCCCCACGCAUCCCCUUGAAUUCCCUCGUGAUACAAACCUUGGUUUGUGGCGGAUGGACUGUAGGGGAACUUGUCCGUUUGGCGUUACCUGCUUUUACGAACACCGCCUCGCCGACGGCACCCUCGCCCCCCCAACCGCCCCCCUGCUUCGCCAGACCAGUCGUCCCCAUCUUAAAUAAUUCAAGUAUAUUUUACAAUUCA